AGUUGUGUUGAAACGUUCGUGUCACUUGCUAAGCAAAGCUCGGCAACUCAGCUACCUGUGGCAGCGGCAGCAGGAAGCGUAAGCGCAGUGCGGUGCAGUUUGAAAUUACAAUUUUUAGCCAAAAGCGCAAAUCUGCUGGCCAGCAUGUCCUCCCAGUCGAUGGCAUUCCAGAGCAAAUCACGAAAAUCUUUUAUAGGCAUUUUAUUGCUCACCUUUCUGGCUUUUCUGGCGCAAGGUGUCUUGGCAGUCGAGCCGGAUGCGACGUAUGUCGAAAAUGAACUGCACAAGGACAACGAGUUUCCCAGCUUGGUCAAACGUCCGUCGUUUUUCGUGGGCAGUCGAUACGGACGCUCGAGUGGCAAUGGCGCCUCUGGCAAUGGCGCCGCUAGCAACGGCAUGGGCACCUCGAAGACGCGACGCCUAAUCAUCGUGCCACGCAACGAUCGCUUCUUUCUGGGCUCGCGCUAUGGCAAGCGCAGCGAUGAAUAUCUCUCGCCCUACGAACAGAAUAGCCUCGGCCUGGGCCUGGGCAAAGCCUCCUUGCGGGAGCCCGAGCGCGAGCUUGAAGCCAGCAAUGAGAAACCCAGCAGCAGAGCCCGAACUACGCCCGUUCUAACCAUGACCAUGUCCUGCGUCUACACGGGCAUCAGCAACUUCUAUCGCUGCAGCAAUGCCAAUUCGGAGGACCUCAACCUGAACAUGCCAUUGGACAACAAUAGUAUAGGCUCGGAGGAUGCCAACACCAAUGUUAAGUAAGAGAUGGCCUGGCUUUAUGCAUUCAUUGGCAAACGAUCCUCUGGCUAGUUAAAUAUCCUUGUUAUCCAUUCUCAGCUACACACACACACACACACACACACACAUACAUACACGCAUACAUCUAUGUGGCGUAUCUUGUAUCUUGUUAAAUGGUAUUAAAAUUUUUAACGGGGCUGGAAAAGUUUUAAUACCCAACAAUAACCGUGUAAAUAA